CUGCUCAGAGGAAAAGGCGUCGGUAGUAAACACCAGACGAACCGGAGCCCGGACAGUCCAGACCGAAAAACACCGACCCUCCGCCUCCUCUCCCCGGUUCAUGUGAAGCCCGCCGCCGCCGUCGGUUUGUCCCCGGUACCGCCCGCGCGCGUCACGGUGCCUGCCCGCGUCCAGAGAUCCCGGAGCCGUCGGGGCGUUAGCCAGCUAGCCGCCGCAGCGUUAGCCGCCUAGCCGCGUUAGCUUCACCGCGGAGGACGAAGAUGAUAGCGCUCAUCAACAAGCUGCUGGACUGGUUCAAGGCGCUCUUCUGGAAGGAGGAGAUGGAGCUCACCCUGGUGGGGCUGCAGUACUCCGGGAAGACCACCUUCGUCAACGUGAUAGCGUCGGGCCAGUUCAGUGAAGACAUGAUUCCCACAGUUGGGUUCAACAUGAGAAAGAUCACCAAGGGCAACGUCACCAUCAAGCUGUGGGAUAUCGGAGGUCAGCCUCGCUUCAGGAGCAUGUGGGAGCGUUACUGUCGAGGAGUCAGCGCCAUCGUCUACAUGGUCGACGCUGCAGAUCCAGAGAAAAUCGAAGCCUCAAAGAACGAACUCCACAACCUGCUGGACAAACCACAGCUGCAGGGGAUUCCUGUUCUGGUUUUGGGGAAUAAGAGGGACCUUCCUGGUGCUCUGGAUGAGAAGGAGCUCAUAGAGAGGAUGAAUCUGUCAGCGAUCCAGGACCGAGAGAUCUGCUGCUACUCCAUCAGCUGCAAGGAGAAAGACAACAUCGACAUCACUCUCCAGUGGUUGAUCCAACACUCCAGGACUAAGAGGAGUUCCUGAGGAAAGAAAACAUCUACACUACACAACUUGGCCCCCCGUUCCCCUCUAAUGCCCCUAACUCUCCUCCUCCUCCUCCCCCAUGUCUUCACCCCCCCACCCCCUCCUCCUCCAGCUGGAGGUGCUCUGGUACGUUCCGUCACUCGGUCGUGUCGGUGCACGCCGUCCUCCCAUCUUCCCAUCAUGCUCCUCCUCCUCCUCCUCCUCGUCUGUUGUAAACUGCUCGUCCUCCCUCACUCUCCUUUUUCUUAAUUUUUCGAUGUUCCUUCUCUUCUCUGUCGUCGCCAAGCCCCGCCCCCUCGCCGUCUCUCUCUCUCUUUCUCUCUCUCGCUCUCUGCGGCCGAGCGAGGGAUGAUUCCGACCUUUUUAUUGCACUGUUGAUUUUUGGUUUUGUAAGAUAUUAAUAAUGAGAAUAAUGUUAAUAAUCUUCUUAUCGUGACAUGACCUGCUGACGUCAGGAGGAGUCUCUUCAUGUCUCUGUACCUUUUAGCUUUUUAUUGCAUUUCUAUUAUUUUCUAUUCUUGUUGUUGUUUCUUAUUUUUUGGACUUUAUAAGUCAGCUUUUUGUUUAACCAGAGUUCAGUGUUUUUUCUGUUCUGGAUUGGCUGCUGAUUGGACCUCGGCUGUCAUGUGACCUCCUGCAGCUGACAGGCGAGCGCGGCGCGACGACUUCUUUCACAUAUUCAGGAGUUUGUGAGGCAGGAGCAAUAGAAGUCAACCAUUUUUCAUUUUUGCCAACAUCGCCUGCUCACAUUUCUGCACAAACCUCACUGUUGGCCUCAGACGGCCAGCAAUUGAUCACCUAACUUUAUUCUCGCAGUUCAAAGAGCAAACCAUCGUCUGCUUAGAGUCUGAUUCUUUUUCCUACACAAUCACGUUCUUGUUCACUUGAGACUCCCGUCACUUCGGAUCUGAGCUGCCUUUUGUGCCGUUUGAACAAAUUUAUCCAGCCAUUAACUGAAAGUCCGCCACUUUAACUCAUGAAAUGAAAGCCGAUCGUGGCUGGAUGGCGUUUUAAUGACAGCAGAAAAUAUUCAGCCAAUCAGAAAGUCUCGCCUGUAAACGCUUCGCCUCUUCAUUUCUCACAUCUUCCUCUUCCUAAGGUAUUUAUUUAAUUGAAGUAUUGGCUCUCAGCUCUGUCUCUCUUAUCGGUUCACAUCACGUCCCGGUCGUGUCGGCAGCCAAUCACACUGCAGAACAGCCAGGAAAAGGAAGGAGCGCUUCCUGUGUGAGCCCUCCCCAUGUGGUCGAGUGUUCAGAUGGGGAACAGCAGUGCAUGAUGGGAGACGAGUCUCUCCUGCUUCUCACUGUCGGGAUAAACUGGGUGCAGCGUCGGCAGAGCCUUUUUUUUUUUUCUUUUUUCUUCUCCCCAGUAAGGAGAAAUGAUCUCGACUUUUCUAUUUUUUAUGUCCACAAUCUGGCUGUCGGACAUCAUGAAAUACGAGGACCAGUGAUUGAAGGCAGACCUGUAAGGUCAAGAUAAUACCUCAAGAACUCUAAUCAGAUGGUCAAAUCAUCAACCUGAUAUCAGACAUGAAAUUUAAAGUCUAACCACAUGACUGACCUCAAUAUCUUUAGCAUCUACUCAACCCUAAGACGCUCUUCUAUGUUCCUGGGUAAGGCCUGCCAGUGCAGCUUACUGUCUCCUUUGGGAACUUGACUUCGUGAGUUUAUUUGAGGCCAGUGCUGAGCCUGACUCACCUGCCGCAGGAGCAUCAGACCUGGGAGGUCUGGACCGGCCUGACCGAGCCUCCUCCGUAAGGUCAAGCAGAAAGAUCAACCCUCCGAGGUCUGAAGGCGUCCGGCAAAUCUCAUUAGACCGACAGUGAGAAGCUUCUGAUUGAAUAAUUACCACCAGACUCAUGAAACUGGAGGAGCUCGAGGCUUCAGAGCGUCCAGGGCCUUCCUGAUGAAACCAGAGAACGUGCGCCGCUUGACAGAAAAACAUCGAACAAAUUCACUCUCUGGGUCGAACAACUAAAAAAGCACAAAAGGGUGCAAACCGGAGACCCUGGAUCUGGUCUGCCCUCCAGCAGCUCCUCCGGGUUUCAGGUUCUGGUGUUUUUUCUGAACCAGCUUGAGGGGCUCUGUCCUCUGGAGACGAGUCCAUCGGAGACCACUCUCCACCGGAGGUUUCUUCUCUUCUGAGAUGAAGUGAACGGGAGGUCAGAGACGCCCGGAUAGUGGAGAUCACCAGCCACUCCUCCUCCCCUCCGGCCCGCCGGGCGUCUGAAGCGGUACGACCGGGGCCGCGGCCUCUGGUCUCGUGUGUUUGCAUGCCCAGAGGUUUUGUGUUUGUGGGACCUGAUGAAGUCAAAAUGAAAUGACGUUAAUCCAGUAAGUCGGCCUGAGUGUUACCCCAAAGGAAAGUAAGGUAAGCACUCGGCUGCACAUGUGAUCAAAACCGUGCAAUAAAGUGGUGGUGAAAGUCUCUGUUGUGGUGGAACGUGAUGUUUUUUUCCCCGUCUGAGGAGGAUCACAUGACGCCACGUGCUUACGCUACUUCUCCACCCGCUGAGUCCUCUGGAGUUCGGCCUGUGUUCUGGUUUCUGAUGGGAGAUCGCCCGGUGGGAACUCCCGUCCUGCACAAACACGUCGCUCGGUGAUCCGCGAACCGUCGGCCUCAGAGCAGGAGGUCGACGCGGAGUCGCCCGCAGACCGAAGGCGUCGCAGCUGAGAUUGACGGGAAUCUGCCCCGUCCCCCUUUCUUCAACACUCCAGAUACUUGUUGCCAUUGACCUCUGCCAAAAAAAAAAAAAUGUCUGUUGGUUUCAGUCAGGCAAUAAAUUUGAGGAGAACUUCAACGUAACCAGUUUGACAGUUUGAGCUGGAGUGAGCUGGUGACUCCGUGUUUCCGAUCCCGUUGACGUGACGGCGAGCUGUUGGUGCAGGAUGGAGUCGCUUUGAACCUGUUUGUACAUUAUUGUUUGAUUCAGUUGAUAUAAUGUGUUUUAAUAGAAACAUGCUUGUGUAUGAUACUAAUUAAAUACUAUGGAGAAAUAAA